CGCAGCAACAUACUGAAUUGAGUUAUGCGCUCAAUUGCUCGUUCUAACAUACAGUAACAUCCUCGCAUCGCUCUGCAUCUCUGUUGUGCAGGCCAUCGUCAGCUUUCGCUUUCGCUUAUACCUGCUAAUCAGGAGACUAGGAUGCAAGAUCAGGAUCCUGCCUCGCUGUUCUUCGCUUCUCGUGAUGAGUACGCGCCCCUGCUUAUCGAUCCUUCGCUGUUUGAGUCGGUCGGGGAAGGCGUCGCACCUAAUAUCUACACCAUCCCAGAUCGUAUGCCACCGUCGCCUUCCACUGGUCAAUUACAGCAACAAAAAGCCUGCGCAGAAAAGUCCAGACCUCUUGAUCAAGUAGGCGCGUCAUCCAAGAGCGUGCAUCACGACCAGGAUGGAGUACGCGAGCGCCUCGUAGGGAGGAAAAGGAAGGAUAUGGGCACAUUGGACGCGUGGGAUACUGUCUGGGGACAGGAUCUGGAUCAUAACGUACAGCGCAUCGACCGCCGCAGCAUCUUUGACUCUUUCCUCGAUGCUCACUGCAACCAUACAGCAGAUCAGGAUUCAUAUUUAUCGCCAUUGACUUCAAUACCACCCUUGCAGACAUCGCCGGUAGCCACACGGUUAGGGGACAACAUGACAAUGGGUCCAAGGACCGAUGAAUGCCCUAAAAAGAGCACACAUUCGGUCUUUGGGCCUUUGUCCCAUCCUGUAAGACCGGAAUCACCUCUAGAGCCGGAGUCAUCGAACGUCAAGCCCACAGCGGAUCUCGUCUUUGAACUACCGCCGCUGUCGAAACGUCCUAGGAAUAUUUUGGAUGAGUACUGCGAUCGCAGGAACUCUGGAGUUUGGGCAUCAGCGUCAAGUGUGGAGACUGGUAAUAGUACAGGAUCUACUAAGACUUACAAAAUACCACCCCGACCUAAAAAGAACGAGACACGCAUGAUACAAGUAAAUACGUGGCACGCCGCAGGAACACCAUCACAGCGUGAUACAACGACGGGGCAGGACAAUGAAUCAGCGGCUUAUCCGGAUAAAGUACAGUUGACAUGGGAGAUGAGCAUCGCAGCAGGUCCACUUGCUCAGCCGGGAAUACCGAUUGCAUCGCCAUAUGUGACCGAGGCAGGAGUUGGCGUGUUUGAGGCAGCAUAUCAAAGGCACCAGGAUUAUGCAUUCAAAUUUCGGUCGAAUCCUGCGAUCGUCCCCUGCGCGACACUAGUCGAUAGCAUCUUCUUACUAUUGAGCGGAACUCCUUCGUCCGUCUUUACCUACAACCCAGACAGUAUGAAAUUUGAGAUGGGCAAUGAGAAUAUCAGGAUCGAGGGCUGUAGUACUCAGGGCGUAUUCAACUUGCUGCAAGAUAUGAUGGAUGCUGGAACCCAUAUAAGGCGACUCGUCAAUGUCUCUGAAACCUGCAUACACCACCCAGAGGGAAUGGGUUUGAUUCGGAUCGCUUUCGGCCGUUCUCUGUCAUCAUAUCUGACUUUUUUGCAAGGGACCAUCGUUGUACUUCAGGAAACAUCUCGGAAAAAGCAGAUGCAAGUUUUGGAACUACACCAUAAGACGCGUGGCGUGACAUUGAUGCUGGAGAGACUGGCCAAUCUCUGUCAGUGCCAUGUGGCGCAUGACAUGAUGGACACAUCGGUGGCACGCCUUGGAUUCUACCUGCCCUCUGGUCCAGAUCUGCUCUCGAUGAUCUGUGAUGAGAUCCAGGCGGAACCGGGUUCUGCAGAUCCUCUGUGGACGGCGCUGUUGCUGAGCAUCCUGGAUCAAGCCAGUAAACCGUAUAGAGAUAUCCUCAGUCGCUGGCUAGGUAUUACACCGUCAGCAGUAGCAGAGCUUACUCAGAACCGGGCGUCACGGAUCAGUGAUGCAGAGGGACUCUCGUUAUCUGGAAUUUCAGAGUGUGGAGCUGUGGGAAAUGAUUAUUCCAAACAACAACGAGCCAAAGAGUCUAGGAGCGAUCUGCUUUCGAUAUUUGAUUGCCAUCUUCAGCAAUCAUUGCAGGGAUUGGAUCCGUUUGACGAGUUUUUUGUGCAAAGCAAGCAUGGGUGGUCGUGGGAUGGGUCGGAGCCCAUCAUUUUGGCGGAUCCUUUGGACUAUGACGCGGAAUUUCGGAUGGGUGAGAAGGCGCCGCCUGAAGCGUUCAUAGACGAGCAGCUCGCGGCUCAAGUCAUUGAGGCCGGGAAGGGACUUCAGAUUUUGACCGAGUUUGAGCCAAAACACCCGCUCAUCGUUCACGAUAGAAACAGGACACAGACUUGCAGUGGAUUCGAAUGGCUUUGUGCCCAGGAUGAGAUUGUCGCACAACGGACACUUUACGCGCGAUCAAGCAAAGACGUUUUUCGGGCUCUAACAACUAGAUUGAAACGCAUGGGUUGGAUCCGGAGGCGCACUACGAAAGAUGCGCAAGCGCUGACAAGACAGAGGAUGCGUCAAAUUCUUGAAAAGGAUGGAAACGCGAAUUCGACGUUACGUGUUACAGUGCAAAACGGAGCCUUCAGCGAAGCAUCGCAGGUUAUAGAACUUGACAUGGAUCUUUCACAAUUGCCAGGAGCAAGCAGAGAUCCAGCGCCACCGUUGCCGUCAGCGGGCGUGAGACUUGAUUUUGGACUCGACUCAGAUCUACAAGGGUUCUUUUCUUUGUCUCCCUCAGUUGGCAAAAUGAGCGGUUUGUCAUUAGCGUGCCCGAACACUAUGGCCUUUCUUCUUGGACCCUACACACUCGGUAUCUCGUCUUCAAGGUCGUCUGCUUCACCAUUUUUAUCGACAGAAUUUGGAGCAUCCACAACAGCCAACCAACAGCCUGACGAUCUCUUUUUGACACCCAUGACAAGGCUCGAGGUCAUGGCGCCUCUCGCGAUCCUUCUUGAACAGAGUCUUGGCUACUCUAUUCGUAUGCGGAUAUCCUUGAUCAACACAUGCGUCAUGUCACUCUAUUUCCACGACUUGAAUCUGCUGGGGCAUCUCGAAGUCAUGAAGCGGUUCUUAUUGAUGAGGGAUGGACGAUUUAUGGCGAUUCUUGCGGAGGCGUUGUUCGCGGAGGAAACUGGACUCUUGGCGCGGACUGUUUGCAUUACAAAUAGACUUGAUGCCGCUAGUACGUCGGUUAAUGCCCCUGCGACCGCUUCACCUUCUAUGCUAUUAUUGCAGGGCAGCCUUUCAGGGGCACGGAAUAACGGCAGGCGCAUCUCCGUGGGGUCCACUCCUUCCGGUGCUUCCGCGUGGCAAGCGGCGCGCCCCAGAUGGCCGCCUAAGACUGGUGAGCUGGAAAUGGGAUUGAGGACUGUUCUUUUGGAUUGCUUCCAGUCCUCCUCUUCGUUUUCUCUGAUGGAUCGUGAAGCGGCAUCAAGAGACGAUAGGUCGGAUGGGUCAGAUAUGGAGAUUGAAGGGUCUGCAACAGCGGAGCGAGCAUGGUUGACGGCAGAGAAGAUCAAGCGACGACAAGUGGAUCCACAGGAGCUGGAGGAGUCGCUGGCGUUCGCGGUUAAGGAGUAUGAUGACCACACGAAGAUCUCGAGAGAUGUUAAUGCACUCGAAGCUCUUGAUUUCCUAUACUUAGAGUAUAAGGCUCCGAAACCCUUGCUUCUCUUAUUCUUCACUCCUGAAGCAAUGGACAAGUACACGCGAUUAUUCUCAUUCCGGUUGCGUCUUGCUCGAAUAGACGCGGUGUUGAAGCAGCUCUUUCGACAGCUUCGAGCUCGACAAAAGGCUCUUGUGUCAUUUACAACACAUGAAACGACGCUACACCCGCAGCAAUCACAGCUAUUGGAAGCGUGGAUGAAGGAAAUGAAAACGCUACACCGGUUUCGGUUUGAAGCUCAGCAGAUGUUUGAUGGCUUCCAUGGAUAUAUCAUGAACGUGGCCAUGGGUUCGACAUGGGAGGUGUUUAUCAAGCGAUUGAGCGCUGUUCAGGAGAGGAUUGAGGAUCAGAUCUUGAGCGGUUGUGCGAGCGAGGGCUCAGAUGACGAGGAAGCUACCAUUCUGGACUCAGGUCGCGAUGAUCCAGAGAUCGUAAACGCCAUGAAAGAUCAGACUACUGUCCAGGGGAGGCUGCUGGAUGAGCUGGACAACCUGGCGGCUUUGCACGAAUUCCACGAGCAUGUUCUGGACCUGAUGCUGCUGCGAUCACUCUUGAAGCGGAAGCAGGCGCCGAUCCUCAAAGUCAUUUAUGGAAUCAUGAGCUGUAUUCUCAAGCUGUCGCAGUAUGUGGAUCGGUUACCAGAGAUAGCACAUGGAUUGACUCAUCUUGACGGGAACAUGGAUGGGAAUGGAGCGAUGGAAUCGCUUGACCAGCAACAACCACGGAUGGCGAAGCUGGAAGCCAUGCAUGAAAAGUUUCGUGUAUCGUGUCGUAUGCUUAUCAAGGUCCUCAAGGUUCUGGAUGAACGCGGUGUGGGCAUGGAGGGCACGCGGAAUUCUUCAUCUUGCUCGACAGAGGCAGCUGAGAUCUCCUUCCUUCAGCAGUUGUUGCUUUGCUUGGACAUAUCUGGAUUCCAUGACUAAUAAGCAGCUAGGCGCUGAGGUGUUUAAAAUGCUCCUUUAUGGUACAAUUACAUUUGGCUUAUUUUGAUUUCUCCGGCUUGUCUUCUCCGUGUGUAUGCUUUUGAGGACUUCCUACUUCUGCAUAAGCUCGGCUCCA